AUGCUUUACUUGAUUGGUCUUGGGCUCUCAUAUACCACUGAUAUCACAGUUCGUGGCUUGGAAGCUAUCAAGAAAUGUGACCGCAUUUACUUGGAGCACUACACAAGCAUCCUGAUGGCCGCGUCGCUUGAAGAAUUAGAACAGUUCUACGGCAAACCUGUAACUCUGGCCGACAGAGAGUUGGUCGAGAGCGGCUGCGAGGAGAUUUUGCGCGAUGCAGACAAGCAAGACGUGGCUUUUCUAGUGGUUGGAGAUCCAUUCGGUGCCACCACGCACACGGAUCUCGUGUUGCGUGCCAAAAGACAGGGUUUGCCAGUUGAGGUAAUUCACAACGCGUCCGUUAUGAACGCGGUUGGAAGCUGUGGGCUGCAGCUUUACACCUUCGGCCAGACGGUUUCUAUGGUAUUUUUCACCGACGACUGGAGGCCAGAUUCUUGGUACAACAAAAUCUGGGAAAACAGAAAGAUCGGGCUGCACACGCUGGUUCUUUUGGACAUCAAGGUCAAGGAGCAAAGCAUAGAAAACAUGGCCCGUGGCAGGCUAAUUUACGAGCCACCUAGGUACAUGUCGAUAUCUCAAUGCUGCGAACAAUUGCUGGAGAUCGAGGAGACCAGAGGUACUAAGGCUUACACCCCCGAUACCCCUGUAGUCGCCAUCAGCAGACUUGGCUCUGCGUCACAGGAGUUCAAGUCCGGUACUAUCGAGGAACUCUCCCGUUAUGACGCUGGCGAACCUCUUCAUUCUUUAGUGAUUUUGGGAAGGCAGUGCCACGAGCUGGAGCUCGAGUACCUGCUUGACUUUGCCAGCGAUAGAGAAGCCUUCAAGCAAGCGGUUAUCAAGGACCAGGAGUACUUCAAGCCAGCUCCAUGGGUGCCUCCAGCCGAGGAGGACGACGAGUAG